CUGAUAAGAAACUGUUGAUAACACUUAAAAGAAUAGACAUUACGGUUCUGAAUUAUUGAUGAACAGUUUUAAAAUUGAGUUUGAAAAUUAGGAUAGUUAAUAUGAGUUUUGUGUUAAAAUAUUGCAGUUUGUUAAUGAACUUCCAAGGCCGUACGUUGGACGUCCCCCUCGAAUGACGUGAGUGACAGUGGCGCCCCUGGCGGCAGGAGCGGGAACAAAGCGACAGUAGAGUUCGGUCGCUCGGCGAAAAGUAGGGCCGAGCAAAAUAAAACGCGAUUUUACGAAAAUGGCCAACAAUUACAAGACUGUGCACAAAAGCAAACAAUUCCCAAUAGACCAGCUCGUCCGCGUCGGCAACUAUGAGCUGGAGAAGACUAUCGGAACGGGCAAUUUCGCCGUAGUGAAGCUCGCUACACAUGUUAUUACCAAAACUAAGGUAGCAAUAAAGAUAAUAGACAAAUCGCGUCUGGACGAGGACAACCUCCAGAAGACGUUCCGUGAGAUCGCCAUCAUGAAGCGGCUGCGACACCCGCACGUGGUGAGGCUGUACCAGGUGAUGGAGAGCGCCUCCACCAUCUACCUGGUCACGGAGUACGCGCCCAGCGGGGAGAUCUUCGACCACCUAGUCUCAAAGGGCCGUAUGCCGGAGCCCGAGGCCGCCCGAGCCUUCGCGCAGAUGGUGGCGGCCGUGGGCUACUGCCACGCCAACGGCAUAGUGCACCGAGACUUGAAGGCUGAGAACCUGCUGCUCGACAAACAUAUGAAUAUUAAGCUAGCAGACUUCGGCUUCAGCAACGAGUUCCGGGCGGGCGCGGCGCUGGCGACGUGGUGCGGGUCGCCGCCCUACGCCGCGCCCGAGCUGUUCGAGGGACGCCACUACGACGGACCCAAGGCCGACAUAUGGUCGCUGGGAGUGGUGCUAUACGUGCUGGUGUGCGGCGCGCUGCCGUUCGACGGCGGCACGCUGCACGAGCUGCGCGCCGCCGUGCUGGCCGGCAAGUUCCGGAUACCCUACUUCAUGUCUCAGGAGUGCGAGCACCUGAUCCGGCACAUGCUGGUGGUGGACCCGGAGCGGCGGCUGUCGCUGCGCGCCGUCGCCAGGCAUCGCUGGCUCGGGCAGCCCACUGCUGGGACACAUCUGGACCUAUCGACGGGCUCGUGCGGCUGCUCCCUGUGCCGGCGCCAGCUGCAGCCGCCCGCCGCGCUGCACGCCGCCGCGCUGCAGCACAUGCAGGCGCUGCCCGGCCUGCGCGCGCACCACGUGCUCGAGGCGGUGCAAGAGGAGAGGUUCGACCACAUAUCCGCGAUCUACCACCUGCUUGUAGACAAGUUAUUGCAGAGGAGCAGCGCAAGGAACAGCCUCACUAGUCAAGACUCAAUAGAAUCGACUACAUCGCAGCCCUUAGAUCUCACUAGUUGUAAGAAUGAAGACGAGGACAUGGAGGCGGAAGACUCGGACGAGCUGGUGUCUGUGCCCAGCGCGAGCGUGCACUACCUCACAGACAAGGAUACACUGGAGAAGUUCGGCGACGGCACAACACAACCUGUCCUAGUGGAGCCCCCUCCGGCCAACAGCGGCGAGCCGCACGCCGCGCGCCGACACACCGUGGGGCCCGGCGACUGCAGGCACACACAGGCCCUGGAGCUAUCCUGCGUGUCCCCGGGCCCCCCGGCCGCGCCGCUCGGCUCGGCCGCCUCCGCCGACGGACACACGGCGCCGUUGUACCUGCCCGCGCACUUCACCCAGCCAUCCCCCCACGUCUCUCUCCUGCCGCACACGAACCUGGCGGCGCGGCUGCCCGCCCUACAACACCAGCCCGCCAGGAACUUCAGCGUCAAGGACCAGCACCUGCUCAAGCCGCCGCACGCCAUGCAGACGCACGCGUCAACAUUCGGUCGUCGCGCGUCGGACGGCGGCGCGCACGUCCCGCGCGGCCGCGACGCCGCCUGCUGCCGCUCCGCGCCGCCGCCGCACACGUCGGAGGGCGGCGCGGCGGCGGCGGAGGAGGCGGAGGGCGAGGGGGGGGACGCCGCCUACAACAACAACCUGUGCAGAUACAUGUCGCACGGCGGGCGCGGCGCGUCGGUGCGACACACCAUCACUAUGGGAGAGGAUAGACAGGACGAUAUGGCCAGUACCUCCCCGUCAUCAUCGUCCAACAUGCGAGUGAGGAGGACGGGGCUGUUGACCGUCACAGAGCGCCCGCCCGUCAUAAGUCCAGAGCUGGUGAUGGAAGUGGAGGCUCGCAUGAAGCGCAACUACCUGCCGCCCUCCAUCCAGGGCGGGUUCCCGCCCAGCCCGCCCGCCCCCGGCCCGGCGCCCAACUCGCCGCAACAGAAGAACCAGCUCAAACCGGUCCUAGAGACGAUACCCCAAGGAAUGGUGCCGUUGGUACCGGUUGGGCAGAAAGGGUCGGUAAUGGCCGUCUCACCGUUCACCCCGCCGGCGUCGUCGUAUUCACCCACACAUGGCACGGUCAUGGGACAGACCGCCAGCCAGGGAUCGAUUACUAGUGGGACGCCCUUCAACUUCGGAUCCAUAACUAGUGGGACCCCCAUGCAUAAAUCGCAAGGAUCCAUGUAUGAAGCGCCCGUCAAUAAUAAUUAUAUCGGCAAUUUUGGGUCGAUUACUUCAGGGACGCCCGUGAAUCAGAGUUAUGUUCCUCCGAAUAAUAACUACCAAGCGGACAGCACGAGAAGCACGGGGUCGAUAGUCUGUGGCACCCCCAACCUCAUGCAGAACCAACAAGCGCUAGCGACACAGAAUAUAGCGCCGUUGUUGAUCGGAACACAGAACAUAUCCAUAAUGGGAGGCACGCCAAACGUCAUGCAGAGGCGAAAGGGUUCCAUAGUCAGCGGAACCCCGAACUUUAGUCAGACGGAGUACGGAACCCAAAACGCGUCCAUGGGGCCUCCAAAUGUCGUGCCAAUGCAGACAAGUCCGAGCAUAGGGGGUCAGAACAUACAGUCAAUAUUCGGAACUAACAACCCAUUAAUCCAACAAAUGACGAAUUUCGGGAUCAAUAACAACUACCAACCCACGAACCAGUCGGCGGGGUCGAUAAUGUCGGGCACCCCGGUGGCGCAGUUUAACCAGGGGUCGAACCUGGGACCCGGGGCGCCGCCGGGGCAGGUGUACAGCGGGGCAGCGAAGCAGAGGAAAUACUCCGGGCCACAGAGGCUGAAGCUGCAGAUGUUGGCGACUGUACAGGAAAUGGCGCGCGAGCACACGGAGCGCUACUCGCCGGUGCGGCGCGCCAGCGAGUGCUCCCCCCCGCGCGCCCCCGCGCCCCCCGCCCCGGACUCGCUGCUGGCGGGCGCGCGGCUCGAGUACCGCCAGCUGCAGCGCGGGCUGGAGCGGCGCAGCGCGUCGCACGGCGAGCCGCCGCAGCACACCGUGUCCAUGCCGGGGUCGCCGUGCCACGCGGCGCCGCACGAGCUGUCGCGCGGCGUGCCCCGCGACCUGUCCGCCCGGCAGCUCACACAGGAGCAAGCGUCGCGGCUGGGAGCGGAGUCCGACCUGCGCGGCCCCUCGCCGCGCCCCGACGACUCACUCACAGGCUCGAUAACCCGCGGCACCCCCGCGCACGGCGCGUCCCCCCUCGACCUGCGGCACGAGGACCCCGCGCCCCCCGCGCACCCCCCCGCGCACCCCCUCACACACCCACAGCUCACGCUGGUCGCCCAUCGCUCGCUCAACAACAGCCCCAUAUCGAACCCCGGGUCCCCGCUCGACAUGAUACAAGAGGAAAUCGGCAAUGGAAGCCAUAAUCUUGAUAAGUAUCCGCAGUUUUUGAACCCUCAGAAUCAUCCGCAGAUUAGUCUCACAGACUGUUUGGGGUCAGAGAUUACGCUGGUGGCGUCCAGUAGUGAGGAUUCGAUGGAUAGUCUGGAGAAUAACUCGAAGUACAUGUUGCCGCAGUUUGUGAUAUCGGAGCCGUCGGAUUUAGAGCAUCGGCCGUCGAUCACUAAAGGCAUUGGUAGGAAGGUGAGUCAGGAGACUGAGGUGCAGACUCCAGUGGAAUUAAUACAAGAUGGGGACUCGGAAAUGCCGUCGCCUAAGGAAAGUGUGGAUGAGACGAAUAGGUUCUUGACGCAGAUAGACGAGUUGAAGUACCCGAGACGUGGCAGCGAUAAGAGUCUCGGCUUCAGUGAUGAUUCUUUGAGCAAUGACAGCGCAAAUGUAUCACCGAACUUCGAGCAGAACAUACAAUCUAUUUACUCGAAUAUCGUAUCGAUAAGUUCGGGCUUCAGCGAGAAUCGCGGCAGCUUCAGCGAGCACCGAGAAUCUUUCUCAUUCUCGGACAGAGGAAGCUUUUCCGAACGCGGAGAUUUUGGCCGAUCUUCGUUCUCAGAGCGGAGCGAUUUAGGCCGAAGUAGCUUCUCCGAAAGAGGGGAGACUCCUCGGUCCAGCUUCUCCGCUCAGGGGGUUUUGGGCGAAGUCAAGGAGUAUUAUGAAGAUGUGUACAUGUCUCGAGACAGCAGCCGCCACUGCCUCGAGAAGUGUGAUGAAGAAAGUCCACCAGAAGUGGAAGAGAUUGAGAAACUACAGAGAUCCACCAUGGAUCUGCGACUAACGGACGUCUGUAGACCAGAGGAGAGAAGAAUCCCCAUACUACUAAGUCCUCAGAAGGUAUCUGUCGCAGCGGAGUACUACGAAGUGGCGUUGUCGGCCGUCUGCUCGCAACUAGACUCGCAGCGAAUAGUGGAACUCUUAAAAGAGGCUAUAACAGCUUCCAUGGUGCCUCCGCAAAACAUCUUUGUUGACGAGAAAGACGCUGUCAAGACGAAUAGCAAAGAAGCGUUGACCGGGUUUUUGAACCUGGAGUAUUCUGGCGGGAUACAGAUAGAAGUGGCGGUCUGCGAAAAUAAGGCGAAAGAGAAGAAAGGUUUAAAGAUGAGACGGAUAUCAGGAGAUCAGCACGAGUGUGGGAAGCUAUGUCAACAGCUUAUACAAAGCCUGACCGUGCGGUAGAAAACACCCUAAACUUUUAUAGGAAAGUAUCGAAUAAAGUACGCUAUAGGUUCACCAUACAGAGUCCUUAGAACCCUCGUGGUAUGUGAAGUCGUAAUGACGUAGGACACCUUAUGGUGAAUGGUCUAUAGUAAAAGUCUCGUGAGUUGCUAAUACGCUUGUGAUAUGCGAUUUAAGCCGUACAAACGUCGUCAAUACAAGUAAGUAAUGAUGAUUAUUGUUUGACAAUGGCAGCGAGGCGGAAUAGCAUUUUACGGGGCUUAACAAUGUGUCGCUGACAAGAAGCAGACAGGGUCUGACAGUUUAAUGACAGAUGCUGUCAGCUUGAAGGUGAUCGCGAUAAAAGGAAUAUUAGACAGAAUUUAUUGCUGAGAUAGGAUAGCGUGGUGAAGUUGUCAUGAGGUUUGACCUAAAGUUAGGUCGCCUAGCACUGUCGAAUUUGACAUUAUUGUUUCGUACUGAUAUGACGUAAAAGUGAGAUGAGAUGGUUCAGAAAGAAGCUUCAACACAAAUAUGGGCAAAUGAUUAAAUAUGUUCAGUUUUGAAUCACUCCUGAAUAUUCUAUAUUUUACCGAGAUGUAAAAGAUCAAUUUGAUAGUCAAAUUAAGGGAUAGAAUUUCUUUUAAAAUACCUACUUGAGUAUUUAUGUUGAUAGUAACUUUAAUUUGUGAUCUCAUACAUUCAAGCGAGGGCCGGGAGGGUGUUUCCAUGGGAGAGAACGAACGUGAAAAACGUAAAUAUAAAAUCGGUGAUAAAGUGCAAUAUACGUAUUUUAAAUUUAGACUUGAAUGUUUUGAAAAAUUUAUAAAUUUUAUAAUUCUUUUUGGUUUUCUAAGUUGACUUCCUGUGUGCAUUCCAUUUUUAGAUAUUAUUGUUUUCUUUUUCAUGUUUUUGUAUUUUAUUUAAAAUAUAUAUAAUUUGUUUUUUAGAUGAUUGAGGGUAAAUGCGUCAAUUCUAUGAAAAAACUUCUUAUGUGUGUUGUGUGCCUACACCAGCCUUUUGUUAAAUGUAUUGUUAUAUAAUUUCUUUUCUAUUAUUUUAUUAUAUUUUGUAAAUUUUCCACUGUGAGAACAAAAACUAUAUCACUAGAUAUCAGUAAGAACGUAACAAUUCUCUAAGCAUAAUAUAUUAUAAAUAAUUAUCUUUGUAUAUAGACUUAAAAUGAAAACUGCACAUAAAUUGUAUAAUUAUGUUGUGUAUAUGCGAGUUAAAAAAAUUAUAUAUACUACUUGUUCCUCUAUUUUAAGUAAAUAUGAAAUUCCAAUCCUUAUCAUUAUUAUUCCAAAAAUACGUCCCUUUAGUUCAACACGCUUUCACAUGGCCGUGUUUCUAGGGACCACUCUAUGAGUACACGACCGAACGAACAAGAACUGUCACGCAAUCGAGUCUGCAGGUCUAGUACAGGAUUCAUAGUUUGUCGAAAACUAUAAAAGUUUACGUUUUGUCGCAUACUAAGUGGCGCCUCUAGCGGAAACUAUCAUGAAACUUUUGACACAUAAUGUAUGCAGAUGACAGGAGAAAACGUAAACUUUUUUCGUUUUCAUAAAUAGCAAAACCCGUGCUAGAGGGUCUGCAGUUUUGCUUUUCCGAAGCUGCGGAGCGCUGCGCUAACCACGACUCUAGUCUCGUUGUAUUAAGCUUGCCGAUUGCCUGAUAAUCCUUGUUCGUCCGGUCGUCGAUGGAGUAACCCCUAGAGCGAGACGGCUACACUUGUGGAUGAAUCAAUGUGCAUUUUGUAUAUAGACUUGUAUGUAAGCGUAGUUUUGUCAACACAAUGUGUUGUUCAAUUUUCCCCUUUAUAUUAUAGUUGAUAGGGUAGAUAGUCUUUCGCCAUAAGUUUGAUCUAGAGCCAUGUUAUCAAGUUUUAAAUAUUCUGUAAAUAAUAUUUUAAUAAAUAAUUCAAAUUCCAAUAUGUUA